GGUGGGCGGCGGGGCGGGCGCGGGCGUGCGGGGGUGGGUGUGCGGGGGUCUGUGUGUGUGUGCCGUGCCCAGGGGGAGGUUUCUUGCACACGCACACGCACACACACACACAUACACACACACACACACGCAGGACCGGCCCCGCUCCGGCCCCCCCCCGCCCCGUUCCCGGCUCACACCAUGUUCCAGCCGUCUGCGAAGCGCUGCUUCACCAUCGAGUCCCUGGUGGGCAAGGACACCCCCCUGGGCCCCGAGGACCCCCCGCGCCCCGCCGCCCUCGCCUACCCCGGCCCCGCCGCAGCCGCCGACGCCGCCGCCUUCGCCCCCGGCUUCCAGGGAGCCGCCGGCCGGGCCCUCUACGGCAGCGCCGAGCUCGUCUUCCCCGAGGCCGUGGGGCACCCGGCGCUGCCCGUCGGGCCCCCCCAGCUGGGGGGCUCGGCCCUGCCGCACCCACACCCCUUCUUCGGGCCGCAGCACCGCGACCCGCUCAACUUCUACCCCUGGGUGCUGCGGAACCGCUUCUUCGGCCACCGCUUCCAAGGGAGCGAGGUAUCCCAGGAGAGCCUUCUCCUGCACGGCCCUUUCGCCCGGAAACCCAAGCGCAUCCGCACGGCCUUCUCCCCAUCACAGCUCCUGCGGCUGGAACGGGCCUUUGAGAAGAACCACUACGUGGUGGGCGCCGAGAGGAAGCAGCUGGCCAGCAGUCUCAGCCUCUCCGAGACCCAGGUACUGCCCAUCCCACCACCAGCUGUCCCGCUGUCCACCCAUCCAUCCAUCCAUCCGAUGGGAUCAGCUCGGCGUCGGGCAGCGGGAGCGGCACCAAACCCGAGCGGAGCUCACACUGCUGGGUUUGCCCAGGAAUCCCACUGGGGCUGAACCCUGCUGGUUUUCCUGGCCUUGGAGACGGGUUAUUUUACCUGGGCUUGGGGUGG